GAAAUUGUCCCGAUCAUCAGCUCUCAUUUGUCAGAACACACCACAAACCAGGGUGGGCAAGUUGCCAUUUCUGUUCUUGCCCAACAGUUCCUUUGUUUGAUCAACCACCCAAUUUUUUUUCAACCAAAUUCUAGCCAUAAAACACAGACAAUGGCAUUCACAGGUACUUUGGACAAAUGCAAGGCUUGUGACAAGACCGUCUAUGUGGUUGACAUGAUGACCCUUGAAGGUGUGCCCUAUCAUAAGACCUGCUUCAAAUGCACCCACUGCAAGGGCAAACUCGAGAUGACCACUUACUCUUCCAUGGAUGGAGUCCUUUAUUGCAAGCCUCAUUUUGAGCAACUAUUUAAGGAAUCUGGCAAUUUCAGUAAAAAUUUUCAAUCAGCGAAGUCCGACAGAAAAGAUGAUCAGCCGAGGACUCCCAGCAAACUUUCAUCCAUGUUCUCUGGAACCAUAGACAAAUGUGCUGCUUGCGAGAAAACAGUGUACCCUCUGGAAAAGGUUACCAUGGAAGGUGAAUGUUUCCACAAGACAUGCUUCAGGUGUGCCCACGGCGGGUGUCCGUUGACGCACUCGUCGUACGCGGCGCUCGAAGGCGUGCUGUAUUGCAAGCACCAUUUCGCUCAGUUGUUCAUGGUGAAAGGAAAUUACAGCCACGUUCUCCAAGCUGCUGCGCACAGGAGGAACAGCUCCACCGCGUCAUCCACGGACUUAGAUGAGAACAACCAAGCUGAUCAAGACGAUGCCGCGGUCGAUCAAGACGACUCCGAAGAAAACUCGUAAAUAAAAUAAAUACUA